AUGGGUGGGAUUGGCGGCAUUGUCAAUUGUUAUGCAAUUCCAGAAUACGGCCAACCAUUGCAGUAUGUGAUGCGUAAAACGAUAUUUGAAUAUACUUUGAUGUUCCCUUUUGUAAUGCCGAUCGCUCAUAAAAAUCACUUGCAGAUGUUAUUGUUCGAACAAUUGAGUUUCGAAAAUUACUCUAAACUGAACCGAGAAUAUGAACUACAACUAGUUGAAAAUCAUGACAUGAAUGAUGCGGGUAGAAGUCAAAUUUCCCCUCGGUUCAAUGAGUUCCAAAGACAGCUAAUUUAUCAUACAGAUUUGGCGAUCAUCAUAAUGGUGGAAAAGCAAACGCUCAUAAACUCAUAG